CAGGACCUAGCUAGCUCGCUUUUCUAAAAAAGUGUGCCUUUUCCUCUGGACCGAGAAUUGCACCUUCAUGGCUGAAGUCAAGGUGAAGACGCAGCCGCCGGACGCGGAUCCGGUUGAAAUAGAAAACAGGAUUAUAGAAUUAUGCCACCAGUUCCCUCAUGGAAUUACAGAUCAAGUAAUUCAGAAUGAAAUGCCUCAUAUAGAAGCUCAGCAACGAGCUGUGGCCAUCAAUAGACUUUUGUCUAUGGGUCAGUUGGAUCUCCUAAGGAGCAGUACAGGACUCCUGUACAGAAUAAAGGAUUCUCAGAAUGCUGGUAAAAUGAAGGGAUCAGAUAACCAAGAAAAACUUGUUUAUCAAAUAAUAGAGGAUGCUGGAAACAAAGGAAUAUGGAGCAGGGAUAUCCGAUACAAAAGUAAUUUGCCAUUAACAGAAAUUAACAAAAUUCUAAAGAAUUUGGAGAGUAAAAAGCUUAUCAAAGCUGUUAAGUCUGUGGCAGCCUCAAAAAAGAAGGUGUAUAUGCUCUAUAACCUGCAACCGGACCGGUCUGUAACUGGUGGCGCCUGGUACAGUGAUCAGGAUUUUGAAUCAGAAUUUGUGGAAGUGCUUAACCAACAGUGUUUUAAAUUCCUGCAAACCAAGGCAGAAGCAGCAAGAGAAAGCAAACAGAACCCAAUGAUACAGAGAAAUAGUUCGUUUGCCUCAUCACAUGAAGUUUGGAAAUAUAUCUGUGAAUUGGGGAUCAGUAAGGUAGAGUUAUCCAUGGAGGACAUUGAAACCAUCUUGAAUACCCUCAUCUAUGAUGGAAAAGUAGAAAUGAGUAUCAUCGCUGCAAAAGAAGGCACAGUUGGCAGCGUCGAUGGGCACAUGAAAUUGUACAGGGCCGUCAAUCCAAUUAUCCCACCCACCGGUUUGGUCCGUGCUCCCUGUGGACUCUGCCCAGUUUUUGAUGACUGCCAUGAAGGUGGGGAGAUUUCACCAUCAAAUUGUAUUUAUAUGACAGAAUGGCUUGAAUUUUAAUGGGAGCUGUGGCAUUUCCUGGCAUUUUAAAACUGAAGUUACUUUGGGAGCAAAUAACUUGACUUAUGAUGGAUCAGCUAGUUCACUGGAAAGCAAACUUCACAAUAAUGGGAACCAGAUUUGCUCCUGCAAAAACAUUUUUUUUUUUAAAUAAGAAUAAUGAGCAGGUAAAGUGGUGAAAUCUGUUCUUCAAUAAAUAAUAUAUUUUUAA